AUGGAGCAUGUACAAGUCGGACUAGCCAGUUUGCUGCUGAAUCCAUGUGAACGGGUGCACAAAACAUUGAUGGAGACGACGUGGAUCCGUGUCGAUUGCCAUCGCGUUUCAACGACUUUGUCAUCCAUGCGACGAUGUGCGGCGUUGAUGACGGGGAAGAGCAGUACACAAAAGCGACGUGAAUAUCUAAAGAGUCAGCGGGAUCAGCUGGACGAGAAUGGAACGUGGAGUCCGAUCGCUUUCUCAGGGCGCAAGAAUUCGAGCAUGGACACACCCCGAGCCGUGUUUAUAUGUGCGAUGGAUGAAUGGUGUAGUCUGUUUUUCGCUGGUUGCCGUCGACGAUCUAUUGGCAGCAACAAAAAUAGUAGAGAUACGAAUAUUUUGCUAUUUGCAAGCAUCUUGAACGACAGUAUAAUUCACAAGCGCCAAGAUGAAAGCGCAGGCCACAUUGUAUUUGAAGGAUUCAGUGACAGCGAUUGGGGCAGUGAUCCCGACACGCGACAAAGUGUGACCGGCGUGGUAUUCACUACUGCGGGUGGCGCGGGGUCAUGGCUCUCACGGCUUCAAAGUGUCGUUGCAAUGAUCACGGCAGAAGCAGAGUACAUCGCAACGUGCGAAGCAGCUAAGGAAUCAGCAUCGCUUCGCAACGCAAUUGAGAAACCAUCGAGCGUGGCGAACAAGAGCGUCGCAGUGGAGAUCGGCGUCGGCAACUCGAGCGCGAUGACGCUAGCAACAGAAUCGAUUAGCCGUCUAUAA